AGAAACCCAUGUGUUAAGCACGUGCCAGGCAUUGCAUCUUAAACCCAUUUCUCCAAAUUUAGCUCCAUUUCAGAAUCAACACAGAGAAGAUCUCCUGUUCCCUCUGAAAAUGAACACUCCUUACCCGAAACCCAUAACCCCAGCCGAAACCCGCAUCGGCUGGAUUGGCAUAGGCGUCAUGGGCUCCGCCAUGGCCUCUCGCCUGCUCGCCGCCGGCUACUCCCUCACCAUCUACGCCCGCUCUCCUUCCAAAUCUCUCCAUCUCCAGUCCCAGGGCGCUGGCCUCGCCGAUUCUCCCUUCCAACUCGCCCAGGGCAGCGACGUCGUCUUCACCAUGCUGGGACACCCACCAGAUGUUCGACAGAUUGUCCUAGAGAGCUCCGGCGUCCUCGAUGGCCUGAGACCGGGCGGAGUCGUAGUUGACCACACGAGCAGCCACCCGACACUCGCGAAGCAGAUCUUCGCUGCCGCAAGGCAAAAGGGUUGCUGGGCCGUGGACGCCCCGGUCUCCGGCGGCGAUAUCGGGGCGAGGGAAGGGAGGCUGACCAUAUUGGCGGGCGGCGACGGUGGCGUCGUAAAGUGGUUGUCGCCGUUGUUUGAGGUUAUGGGGAGAGCGACGUACUUGGGCGGCGCUGGGUGCGGGCAGAGUUGCAAGAUCGCGAACCAGAUCACGGUGGGGGCGAAUUUGGUGGGGCUGAGUGAAGGGUUGGUUUUUGCCGAGCGGGCGGGGUUGGAUGUGAAGCAGUUUCUGGCAGCAGUGAGGGGCGGGGCGGCGGGAUCAGUGGCGAUGGAGAUAUUUGGGGAGAGGAUGAUUGGAAGGGACUUCAGGCCUGGUGGGUUUGCUGAGUACAUGGUGAAGGAUUUGGGGAUGGGAGUGAAUGUUGGGGAAGAAGAGGGUGACAAUGUGGUGGUCUUGCCUGGGGCUGCUUUGUCCAAGCAGUUGUUUUCUGGGAUGGUGGCUAAUGGGGAUAGGAAGCUUGGCACUCAAGGUGUUGUUACUGUCAUAGAGAGAAUCAAUGGCAAGUGAGAAGACUGUCUUCCACUCUCUUUAUCUGUCAUAUUCAUAUAUUAGGUGACACUAUUAAUUCUUGUGCGUAAGUUAUUGCUUCUGGAACUCUUAUCAAUCACCAAAUUGGUCAAUGCCUCUUGGUAAUUUCACUGUAUACAGAGAGAGCUUGUCUUCCUCUGGAAUAUAGUAUUAAACUCUGCAUCUUCCAUUCCAGUUGAAGUUCAAAUGACCUGCAAACAAUGGACAUUUUGUGUGCAUCCCUGCCUGCAAGUGUUGAACUGCUUUGUUAUGUGUAAAGUUUGUUGUCAUGUAAAAUAAUAAUAACAAAAUAUAUGUUUCAAGUAUUGUGAUUA